CCCUGCUCCAGCUCCUUCCACCACCGAGCUGUCGCACUGGUGAAGCAGCAACGCUCGGCUUCCCCUAGCCUCCAACCCUUCCGUCGUCUUUCUCCUCUCUCUAAUCUCCAGCACAUGCCCAGCUCCUCUCCACGCCACGCGACUGCAGACCGAGGAGCAGUCCGCGCCAGGUGAAGGCAAGGAGUCCAUCUCCCGCGACAUGCUCCAGGCCAGCGGCGUGGGUCUGGCCGUGGUGGUCAGCACGGUGGCUAUCCGGCCAUGUGGAGACGAGCGGUGGUGAGCAGGGCAUCCUUCCAUUGAUUUCCUCCCUCGGCUCCCUCCUUGCUUCACUCUCUCCCUCAGAUUUGUCUGCGCGCAGUCGUGGGUUCCUCUGCUCGUCCGUCUCCCUAACCCCGUCGAUUUCUUCCUGGGCGCGUUGGUGGCUGGCGGAUCCCCUGGCCGUGUGCCCCUGUGCCGGUCGCUCCUCCCUGCCCCAGCCCGGCGUUUCUCCCGCCGGUCAAGCUCCCUGCGCUCGCCCAUGGCGCGCGCUCCUCCAAGCCGGCGUCCACUGCUCGCCAUGGCUGCCGAUCCUGACCCAGCCGUGUGCUCGCCCAGCUCGGCCUCUGCUCUGUCCCUGCUGCGCGCGCGAGCUCGUCGGUCUUCCCAGCUCGCCUGUGCUCCUUCCUCUACUCUAGCUCUAGCGUGUUUCCUUCAGCACCUUCCCAUGGUCGCCGCGCCCUCUACUCCUUCCAGCCGGUCGAGUCUCUCUGCAGCCGUGCGCUCGGCCUCCAGCUCCCGUGCGCGCGCGUCCCUGGUCCCUGCUCGGAUCUCGCCCGACCUCAGCGCUAGCACUCCUCGAUGUCGGCGUCGAGUUUGGGACCCUACUUGCCAUCGCGACCGCCGUCGAAUCGUCGGAUUCCAUCCCCCAUGGCGCUUCCAUUUCCUCGCCAUUCUACAUCGCCAGCUUCGUUCCUGUUCACUAGCCAUCUUGCUCUCCACGUCGUAGUUCUGUUAAGGGAAACGAUGUUGCUUGAGUAGUGGUCAGUAUGUGUGUAGAGAUGAGCUUGAAGAUGGGACUAUUGAUAGGGAAGACAGUGAUGUUCCGUAUGUCACUCAUGAGAUGUUCGACGAAAACCCCGAACUAAAAAUCAUCGACGUUCUUGCAAAUUUGAGCCGGGUAUAGUUCGGGAGAAGUCUAAGGAUGUCAAUUAGUGAAAAGCAAGGCCCGUGUGCAUCGCUCAUCAAGUGCUCGGUUGAAGACUUCAAUCGAAGGUCGUCAUCGUUCGUGUGAUGAUCGAGUCAAAUUGUAAUAUGUGAGUUGAUUCGCUAUUUCUAUUAUUAGUUCGAUGAUUGGAUUAGCUAGAUUUAUUAGUCAUGAUGAUUCUCGUGUUUAGCAGGCGUGCUGUGUGAUGAGCUCCAUAUUCUUACUAUUUUAGGUAUGCUGCUCUGUUGCGUCGUUCCUAAUUAAAUUGGAAGCGAGUAGCAUUAGCGAGCCAAUUUCAGUCGAAAUACGAGAAACCCCAUGAUAAAGUC